AUACCUCAUACGUACGAGCAUCUGCUUAUAGGCUGUCCGAGACAGGCCGGUGCAGGAGCAAACGAGAGGAAAAGUAAGCAGCCGAGCAACCCCCACGCCACUCGACGCUACUUCUCGGCAGGCCGGAGCUGCACAACCAACUACUGCGGCAGCGCGGCCAAUUCAAACAGUCUUUCAGUCUAGCGCCGCCGCGGUUCGUAACGCCUCGAGGCGCGCUGCUCCUCGCCCGGCACUUCUCUCCCAGUAUUUUCGCGCGACGCUCGCGUGUGCUUCGUUGUUGUUGUUGUUCCGAGGUGAUUUGUGACAAGACUCGUCCGUCAACAUGAGGAUCUUUGCUGUGUUCGUUGUGAUCGUCGCCGUUGUUAUUAGCCUCACACAGGCACAAAACUACCACCAGCUGUUCGCUGGAUUCGGACCAUAUCUCCAACAGUCUUCAGGAAUGAGGGAUCCGAGGUCGAACACUGGACCAGUUGUAUUCCCGCCAAGUCCAACGUCGGACCCGAACGAGACGAGCGGGGUAAUUGUAGGUGCAAGCGGAUAUGGAUUCGUGCCACCCAACGCAGGUAAACCAAUCGGCCGCGGGUUCUGAGUGGAGUAUUCUCAUCUUGGUGGAACUUUGAUAUAGUAUUAUGAUAAAAAAAAUAGUAGCAGCGCUUUUUACUUACAUGUGGAAAAAGGAAGAAAAAAAUUGACAAACAACCGAUAAUUUCUCGCUUGACUCUCCAGGUUGUAAAUAAAACUACCACACCUGGGCUGGAGAGUAAGCUUGAAAGCUUCUAUUUUUAAGUUUUAAGAAACGAGCACUCGUCUUUUUUUGUUUGUGUAUAUAUAUAUAACUGUUAUUUGUUAAGUACCCACAUCUUCCCGUCCUUUUUGUUUAUUCUCUCGAAUUAACUUACGCAAUGGAAUAAUAAUAAUAAAUCAAAACAGAAGAGCUAUUUAUGUAAAUUGAAUCGAUGUGAAUAACCUCCUACAUCCCUGCUGAUUUUUGUCCUUGCACGCAAAUCCUGUCCAGCACACAUACACGCAGCUGAAUGGUGCGAGGUCUGCAACAGCUUUGAAAUAAAAAGACGAAAGCUCGUAAAUCGGCGAAAUUCGCGCCGUGUUAUCAGAUGCAUGAGUUUUGCUUGGUAGUGUGUUACACAACGAUCGAUCCAUACCUACACGCCCAAAUAAAUAUAAAUCCCCGAGUGAGGCGCAGUGCAGAUUGGCACGUUCGUCGACUGCAUCAGAUUAAAACCAAAAAGCUCUUCGCGCAAAACAUUGUAUACACACGCGCGCGUCGUACAUACACCCUGUAUUCUUAUCACCUGAUCUCGUGUGCAUGCUUCGCGAAACGCUUUCACUCUCGCGGGAGAAUUCAGAGCAUACGAGGCUGAGUUCGUUCACGUACCACGGGCUUGUCGGGAGAUGCUGUCACCGUCAUUGCUGUUCUUGGGAACAAUGACGUGUGUAUUAGACUCCUGUCUUACAUCGUGUUCUUCAAUGCUGCCGUGUUCAUGUAGUAUUCCAUCGAGGAAGUUUUGGCGCGCAUAAAUGCAAUCGCUCAGCUCGUGCCACGGUGAAAGCGCGCGUUUUCGAUUUCAUUCGGAUGACACCAUCCCGCGAUGUAAUUAAAACUUUCUACCGGCUAAAAUCAUCACAGAGUCACGAGGAUCUUAUAGACUUCUCUUUUUAUUUGUCGAUUGCCAUUGCACAAGUCUCUGCACCGCUUUCGACGGGAUUAUAUUGGUAACUUCGCUGAUAGAAUGCUUGCCUCAAACUAAUUAAAAUGUUAAUCACUAACGCUAUAAUUAUGCACUGUGAGUGUGGAAAAAUAUUCUUGGUUGUGCAUGUACGUAGUUUCAAAGUGUGUUUACAACAUCUCAAUGUAAUAAA